UUCACGCAUUCAUUUUUAGAAUUUACGUUUUAAAAAUCAAAGCUCGAAUCACUGAUUUAUUCAGGAAUGACAAAUUGAAAAGCAUCGAGAGUCAUAUUAUUAUGAGUUACCGAUAACGUAUGAUUGGCGAAUAUCAAUUUUCAGUUAUUUUCAACGUAUUGUUUACACUGUUGUAGAACCUUCCAUGUCAUAAACGUUUGUGAUUAUAUAAUUAUAGAUCAUACAUAGUACCUGUUGGUAACGUUUCUUGUUUUUCGUGUCGUUACAAAUAGCUCAAAUGUUUAUCGGUAUUUGUUGGUUACUGAAGUUGAACACUGCCGUAUCGGUAUCGUGUCGUGUUCGUACAUGAACUGUCGUUGUGCCGUUUACCGUCAAAAAAUAGUUAUUAUAUUAUUAUUAAUAACGCGUGCACAACCCGUCGUCUAUAAAUACUGAAAUUUAAUUAUAAUAAUAUUAUGAUAUUAUGAUUUGAUUUGUAAUAUUAUUAGUAUUGUGUAGAAAAUAAUAUCGUUCGUAAAAUCCUUGUAUAGACGAACUUUCGUUAUUUAUCGGAUUUAAAAUUUUCAUCAUAUCGUUUCGUUUUUAUUAUAAAACACCUAUAUACCAGCUAUAGAGUCACUAAUUAUGGAGGUCAACGUAAAAUCAUCCCAAGAAAUGGAAAAUAAUAGGAUCGUGCAACAGAUGGAGUUGAUCAGUAACCACGCUGAGCGCACGAAUAAGAUUCGCAUGACAAUUCAAUCAGAAAUUGAUUCGUUCAAUGUUUUGUACUCGGAACGUGCUAAAUGCGCUCAACAAUUGGAAUACGCGAAAAGUCAAAGAAUGAGCAGCACUUCAGUAUCACCUGAAAUCGAAUGUGAAUUAAUACGAAAAAAAGAAUUGCACGAAGGACAAUUAAAGGCUAAAUCAUUAAUUCUUAAUAAUUCUAUUUGUGUUUACAUUAACAAACUCAAUGAAUUAACAAACUUGAUCAGUCCUGUGCAAGCUUAUAUUAUUGAUAACUCAUUAGUUCAGUGGAAACGUCAACAACAAUUUGCUGGUAAUGGGUAUAAAUGCAUGAUGGAUAUAGACGUCAUACAAACUUGGUGUGAGAAAUUGUGUGAUUUAAUAUGGGUAACUCGUUCACAAGUUAAGGAAGCUGAUCGAUUCAGAGUUAAUUUGAGACAAUAUUUUGAAUUACCACAAUCAUGUGAAAUGAUUAAUACGCUGCUCAAUAUGACUACGCAGUAUCUUUCAUCCUUGGUGAAAAGUACUUUUGUUAUAAUUACGCAACCACCUCAAGUAUUGAAAACUAAUACAAGAUUUUUGGCAGAAGUGCGUCUAUUAAUUGGUGGAAAACUCAAUAUUCAUAAAACGUCACCCAUGGUUAAAGUAUCUAUAGUUAAUGAAUCUCAAGUUAACCAAAUAAUUGGAAGAAACAAACCAUAUGGUGAAUCCUGUGGCGAAUUAUCAAAUUGCAUUGGAAAAAUGGAGUACCACCCAGUCCGUAGACAUUUUUCUACCAACUUUCGAAGUAUGCAACUUAAAAAAAUUAAACGUACGGAAAAAAAAGGAACAGAUUCUGUUAUGGAUGAAAAAUUUUCAAUUUUAUUUUCUUCAACAUUUUUUAUUGGCAAUGAACUUCAAUUUGAGGUAUGGAAUUUGUCAUUACCAGUAGUAGUUAUUGUGCAUGGAAAUCAAGAUCCUCAUGCUUGGGCUACUGUAAUAUGGGAUAAUGCUUUUGCUAAACUUGGGCGAAUCCCAUUUCAUGUUCCUGACAAAGUUCCAUGGAGAAGUGUGGCAGAAGCUAUAAACAUGAAAUUUUCUGCAGCUACAGGUCGUGGUCUUUCUGAAGAUAGCUUAAUAUUUUUGGCUGAAAAAGCCUUAAGGUUUGUUAAAUAUACUAGUUUAAAUACUAAAUAA